AUGUGGCUCAGUGGUGGUAUCGUCCUCACGAUGAUUCUCUUCGUGGCGACCAACAGUCUGCCUUUACUGCAAGCAUCGAUGUCGGCAGUUUUCGCUCUCAUCCUCACUGGUUGUAUUCCCCUCACUACCGCAUUAGCUGCGGUUAACCUUCGUACUGUCCUCACCAUCGUUGGAGCCUUCGGGCUCGGCAAGGCCAUUUCCAUCACUAACGUCGCUACUGUGCUAGCUCAGGGGUUGGUUACCUUAAUGGACCCCCUGGGAAGCAUCGGCAUGCUAUCGGCCAUUUUCAUCGCCACCUGCCUGCUAGGAGUAGUCUUCCAUGCAACAGCCGUGGUCAUCCUCCUAUUCCCCGUCUGUGUGUCAGUGGCUAAUGAGAUGGCUCUCCCGGUCCAUCAGUGCUUAGGGCCACUCAUGGUCGGCGCUGGUUGCCAGUUUUUAACACCAAUUUCUUAUCAAACUAAUUUGAUGGUCUACGCAGCUGCUGGCUACGACUUUUCCGAUUUCGCUCGUCUAGGUUUUGGGCUCACUAUUGUCAUUGGAGUGGUAGCAGUACCACUGUGUUUAACUUUCCUUUAA